CUCUUUUGUAGAGUUUUUCAUGUCAUGCUGACUUCUAACUGCCAGCAUCCAUCUUUCAGAAUUGCACAGGAAGAAUUUAAAGGAGGGAGUAGAGGUCAGGUCCGAUGGGUUACUUUUACUGGACAUAAGCAAAUGCUUUUUUUCUUUUUUUUCUUUUGCAGAGUAAAGAUGGGAAAACACCUUUGCACAUGACAGCAAUCCACGGUAGAUUUUCAAGAUCUCAAACCAUCAUUCAAAAUGGAGCUGAAAUAGACUGUGAAGAUAAGAAUGGAAAUACUCCUUUGCACAUAGCAGCUAGAUAUGGCCAUGAGCUAUUAAUCAACACUCUGAUUACGAGUGGUGCUGACACUGCAAAGCGGGGUAUACAUGGGAUGUUUCCUCUCCAUUUGGCAGCAUUAAGUGGAUUUUCAGACUGCUGCAGAAAGCUCCUUUCAUCAGGUUUUGACAUAGACACCCCAGAUGACUUUGGCAGAACUUGUCUUCAUGCAGCUGCAGCUGGAGGGAAUUUGGAGUGCCUAAAUCUUCUGCUGAAUACUGGAGCAGACUUCAACAAAAAGGACAGAUUUGGGAGAACUCCACUCCAUUAUGCUGCUGCCAAUUGUAAUUAUCAGUGCCUGUUUGCCCUUGUGGGAUCUGGAGCUAGUGUGAACGACCUUGAUGAGAGGGGUUGUACACCUCUGCACUAUGCAGCCGCAUCAGACACAGAUGGAAAGUGCCUGGAAUACUUGCUAAGAAAUGAUGCCAAUCCAGGGAUCCGAGACAAGCAAGGAUACAAUGCAGUUCAUUAUUCUGCUGCUUAUGGUCAUCGCUUAUGUCUUGAAUUGAUUGCGAGUGAAACGCCUCUAGAUGUUCUAAUGGAAACAUCAGGUACUGACAUGCUGAACGAUUCAGACAACAGAGCACCUAUAAGUCCACUGCAUUUAGCUGCCUACCACGGCCACCAUCAAGCUCUGGAAGUGCUGGUACAGUCGCUGCUAGACCUCGAUGUGAGGAAUAACAAUGGAAGGACACCACUGGAUCUUGCUGCCUUCAAGGGACACGUCGAAUGUGUAGAUGUGCUCAUUAAUCAGGGAGCAUCAAUCUUGGUGAAAGAUUAUGUUGUAAAGAGAACCCCAAUACACGCAGCAGCUACAAAUGGUCACUCUGAAUGUUUGCGACUAUUGAUAGGAAAUGCAGAACCACAGAAUGCAGUGGACAUUCAAGAUGGAAAUGGACAGACUCCUUUGAUGUUGUCUGUUCUCAAUGGGCACACGGACUGUGUUUAUUCACUUCUCAACAAGGGAGCAAAUGUAGAUGCCAAAGAUAAGUGGGGAAGGACAGCAUUACACAGAGGGGCAGUUACUGGGCAUGAGGAAUGUGUGGAAGCACUACUUCAACAUGGUGCUAAGUCCUUAUUAAGAGACUGUAGGGGGCGAACCCCUAUACAUUUGUCAGCUGCCUGUGGGCAUAUAGGUGUUCUAGGAGCUCUCUUGCAGUCAGCUACAUCUGUGGAUGCAAUACCUGCAAUAGCAGACAAUCAUGGCUAUACGUCGCUGCACUGGGCCUGUUACAAUGGUCACGACAGUUGUGUAGAACUUCUCCUGGAACAAGAAGUUUUUCAGAAAAUGGAAGGAAAUUCUUUCAGUCCAUUGCAUUGUGCUGUGAUAAAUGACAAUGAAGGUGCUGCAGAAAUGUUAAUUGAUACAUUAGGUGCUGGUAUUGUAAAUUCAACAGAUUCAAAGGGAAGGACCCCUCUUCAUGCAGCAGCUUUCACAGAUCAUGUUGAGUGUCUACAGCUUCUACUCAGUCACAAUGCUCAAGUAAAUGCUGUAGAUGCUUCUGGGAAAACACCUUUAAUGAUGGCUGCAGAAAAUGGACAGACAAAUACUGUUGAGGUGCUGGUUAGCAGUGCUAAGGCUGAUCUGACUUUGCAAGAUAGUUGUAAGAACACAGCACUCCAUUUGGCUUGCAGCAAGGGUCAUGAAACUAGUGCCUUGUUAAUACUGGAGAAGAUUACAGACAGAAACCUCAUCAAUGCCACCAACGCAGCCUUGCAAACACCUCUGCAUGUUGCUGCUCGAAAUGGACUAACAGUUGUAGUUCAAGAACUCUUAGGAAAGGGAGCAAGUGUACUUGCUGUGGAUGAAAACGGUUACACACCAGCUUUGGCCUGUGCUCCCAACAAGGAUGUGGCCGAUUGCCUCGCGCUUAUCCUGGCCACGAUGAUGCCCGUUUCAUCAAGCAGCACAUUGCCUUCCCUUACGUUCAAUGCCAUUAAUCAUUACACCAACACCUCUAAAACAGUCACCUUCGAUUCCUUGCCAAUCAUGAGGAGUGAUCAUAGCUCUUACUGUACUUUCAACAAUAUUGGCAGGGAGGAUGGCUACCCCUAUACAGAAGAAGACGAACUCAAUGACUCAGAUUCUGAGACCUAUUGAACACUGCAUUUUGUAGGGCUGAAGAGUGACCCCUAAUGCUGGAAGUCGUCACAUCUGUGCUUUUGAAAAAAGCUGUUGGAAUUUGAAUACAAAAAGAGGACCGACCUUUGGAAGAUGCUUUUUAUUGUGGUUGCAUAUAACAAAACAAAAUCCAUGAGACUCUGGAAGGAUUUUUAAGAGCAUAUUUUGCAGAAGAAGCAGAAAUUCUUGAAUAAAUUCUUGGAAACCGUGGCAAAAAAAAAAAAUUUAAAGAAUGUCAAAACUGCUUUAUUUAACCAUUCUGUUUCUGGUGCCAGGAGUAACUUCUGCAGACUGGGCACCCUCGUUGAUGUAAAUGAACGACACUGUUGUACAACACAGAGGAUACUAGAUUUAAAUAUUGUCAAUAAAACGAAAAUCAUUUUGAAGGCAAUAAAAGCGUUUGGUACAGUAGGCAUUGUUUGUGCUGCAAACUGCCAAAGGACCAAAUAACUUAAAAGGUUGUUUUUGUUUUUGUUUUUUUUAAUUAAAUACAUUUUUGUGAAAACUGGAAUAGAUUAUUUGAGAAGUUGUUUUAACCAAACCUUAAUUACUUCUGGGAAAGAAGCUUAGAUUUGGUUUUAAGCGUUGACUUUUUUUUUUGUUUACCAUCUAAAAACCUUCCAGCACUAUUAAAUGUACCAUGAAAGAAAGCAGAUUUAUUUUUAAGUUUUCUUUUUCUUUUUGACAACACGAAAAUGGAACUUGUUGUACUUUUGUAAUACUAAAACUAAACCAGCUAACAAGGUGAAGUCAGGGUGAAAAAUGUACAGUGUAAUAAACAAGGGAAGGGUGGGAGACGGGGGAGGGAAACGGUCAUUGUUGCACAGGUUUAGACUGUUAAACUUUGGAUUGAAUUGAGAUUUUUUUUUAAUUUAAAAUACAUAACUUGGAAACUAUGAAACUGCAUAAAGAGAAUGGAAAUGUCUCCAUAACCCCACUGGGACUGAGAGUUCUUUGCAACGAUUGGUCUGCUUCCUUGCAUCGAAAAAAUUGUACGUAAAGUUCAAAUUGUAAAUCCCUAUCACUUCUUUUUUCUUUUUUCUUUUUUUUUUUUUUUUAAAUCCUGGAGUUACUGGGGGAGGGGGAGGUGAAUUUAAAAGUGUAUUUCCCUAUUAGAAAGAAGUACAGUGUCUGGUCUGUGGGAAGAGCUGUGUAUCUUUGUUGUGCUCCAUUUAGAAAUGAACAGCAGAAGCAGGUCCCCUAAUGUAGUUCAGCCUCACCUGAAGAUUUUUAUCUUUUUUAUUUAUAACAGACUACUGCAUUUUUUUAAUUGCCUGAAGAAUGAAAAAGUGACAUAAGCAAGCUGAAGUUUUAUCUGUUAAAUAUGCAUAUUUACUUUAUUUGGUUCUGCUUUAACUACAACUGUUACUUUUCAAGUGAAAUGGCUUAUGUACAUGCAAGGAUUCCUUGCGUGUCCUGGUAAAGUACAAAUAAAUUACUGCAAACCGAAUCAAAUUUCCUUUUUAUCCUUUUUGUAUUGUGAAACUGGAAAUCUUUAUGAUAUUGUAAAUUAUCAGCUGGUUUUCUGAACAUAAAGUGGAAACACGGGACAAUAUUUUGAUCUGUUUGAUAAUUUUGUGGGUUUUUUUGAAGAAUUAAUGAGCAUGUACAUAGAAAUAGUGACUGCUUGAAUACUGUAUUUACCUGCACUCUUUCAGUACUUCAAGAUUCUUGUAUAUUUUACGGAAUAUAAUAAAACCCAAAUGUGAGUUCUA